UCUUCUUGUUGGAUUCCCUCUCCCGCCUCCACCGGUCAGUCAGCCUCGUGCGCCUCCAGCCGCCACCAACCGGCGGGGAAGCACGCCCAGGAAUCUGUGGCUCAAAUUCAAACUUUAACCGUCCGUUGAAAAGAAAGAUUGAAAGAAAGAAAAGAAAUUCCACCCGGUGGCGGCGGAGGACCGGUCGGACGCAGGUGGAAGGGAUUUUUUAACCGGACACACGGCGCCGAUUUGACGGACAGUGUGACGCGUCGGAGCCUCGGAGAGGAUUAACCAGGCUCCGACCCUCACAUUCAUCUCCCCCUCUAAAAAUAGGCGACUCUCGGUUCGUACGCAGCCGCCUGCACCCGCCGCCGAGGCGGACCGACGCGUCCCAGUUCCCGGAGCCGCUCGGUGGAUUAUCACGAGUCAGUGGUGUGAAUUCUUGGACCUGAUCGCGGAGCCGGACACCGCCCGGAACCAGGUGUGACCGAGGCACCGGACCGGGGGCUUCAUCUCGGGUCCCUUCGGUGUGUGUGUGGAGGGAGACGCAGCCCCGCAGCCUGGCGGGUCGGAGCCGCGCGCACGUCUUACCGGGAAAUACCUGCAGACUGACGUUGUUUUUUUAUCGGUUAAAUAACGGGGCCUCACCUGGAGGAAUAAAGCUGCAUGAUUCUUUUUUUUUUUUUACACAUUUUAAAAACCCAGACGGAUGCUCGAGCUGAUUCUCACUGAAGGACAUCGUCCGUGUCGGUGGGUGUAGUGUGUUUUUUGGGGGGCUGCGCACUUUGAGAUCGAACCUAAUCGGAAUUAAAGCAGUUUAUCUCCGCAUCCUCACUUUUUUCCCUCCCUGGAUAUUCUCUCUCUCUCUCUCUCUCUCUGGAGGAGCGCGCUCGGAUGAAGAAACCGGUCAAUUGAACGUAACGUGCCCCCGCGCGACUUUAAGCGCGUUAGUGGAGAAGCGUUGAUCGAUGUGCGGGAGGAUGGAGAGGAGUUUGCAGGCGACCCAGCCCUCUGCUCCCAGGAUCACCUGAGUGCGGGGAGGUUGGCACGGUGAGACCACCGGCACCGGGAUUCCCGGUUCACCCCCUAAAUAUAUUCACCGUAUAUAUUUAUUCUUUCAGCCCUGCACCGUGCGCACGGCUGCUCCGGUGAACCAGCUGCUGCUGCUGCGGUCCGGUCCCACACACACACACACACACACACACACACACACACACACACACACACACUCGUUUCUUCAGCCCCAGAAAACUACCACGACCCCCCCCCCCCCCCCCCCCCCCCCCCGCUCUUCGUGUGCGGAUGAGGAAGGAGACGCGCCGGACGGAGACUACAGGAGUUUGGAUAAACUGCGGAUAAAAAUGUAAAAAAAACACCUUGACGUCGUGAUUUUUACAACUCGUCUGCGAGUGAGGGAGCGGAGAGACACACACACGAGAUCCGAGGAGGACGAGGUGAUCGAUGAAGGUGUCGGGAAGGAGCGACCAGGCGACCAGAUGACACAAAGGUAGGACUGUGUCCUUGUCAGCUCGUCAUCCCGUCGUGACCCCAGACACCAGUGAUGUGACUGGAAUGUGAAUCUCCUUUUUUUUAGAAGCACCGACUCCUCCUGAGGACUCAGGCAGACUUUGACGGACAGUCGGCUCGGCCAGUGACAAACUGCGAGGACUUUUAAGGCACGUGUGCAGCAGCGCCCCCCUCUGGACAGACGGACGGACGUGGACCCGGAUGAGCGGCGGCGGUGGCGCUGCAUCUCGCCCUGUGAGAGGAGGACUUCCCCCCCCCAGCUGAUCAAGAGGCUGCUGCAGAUCGGAGCCAGUUGCCGCGUCACAUCCAUCCAUCCCGAUCGGCUCGUCUUCGUCGAGGAACGCUGAGCGUCACAUCAGGCCGACAGCAGCCAUGGACGCGGCCUCCUCGCCGCUCGGCCCUCUCCUCCUCCCCUUGCUCCUGCUCGCCGUCCUCCUGUCCUCCCUCCCCUCCGGCGCCUCCUCCAUGCUGUGCCCGAAGCGCUGCACCUGCCAGAACCUGCUGCCGUCCUACACGGUGCUGUGCGCCAAGACGGGCCUGCUCUUCGUCCCGCCCAACAUCGACCGGCAGACGGCCGAGCUCCGGCUGAUGGACAACUUCAUCACGACGCUGAGGCACCGCGACUUCGCCAACAUGACCAGCCUGAUCCACCUGACGCUGAGCAGAAACACCAUCAGUCAGAUCCGGCCGUACGCCUUCGCCGACCUCCAGGACCUCCACGCGCUCCACCUGGACGCCAACCGCCUCACCACCCUGGACGACUCGCACUUCCAGGGCCUGGUCAACCUGCGGCACCUCAUCCUGGCCAACAACCAGCUGCACGGCAUAUCGGAGGGGGCCUUUCAGGACUUCCUGGAGACCCUGGAGGACUUGGAUCUGAGCUACAACAACCUGGUGGACAUCCCGUGGGAGACGAUCUCCCUGCUGGUCAGCGUCAACACCCUGAGCCUGGACCACAACCUGAUCGAGAGCGUCCCCGAGGGGAUCUUCUCCAACCUGCACAAGCUGGCCCGACUGGACAUGACGUCCAACAAGCUGAAGAAGAUUCCUCCCGACCCGUUGUUCCUGCGGAUCCCGGUGUACGCCAAGAUGAAGGGUUCCCCUCUCACGGCGCUGGUGCUGAGUUUCGGUGGGAACCCCCUGCACUGUAACUGCGAGCUGGUGUGGCUCCGCAGACUGACCAGGGAGGACGACCUGGAGACCUGCGCCUCGCCCAAAGACCUGGCCGGAAAAUACUUCUGGACCAUCAGAGAGGAAGAGUUUGUCUGCGAGCCCCCGAUGAUCACUCGUCACACCUCCAAGAUGUUUGUGAUGGAGGGUCAGGAGGUCAGCCUGCGCUGCAAGUCCAUCGGGGAUCCUGAACCUUCCACGCACUGGGUCAGCCCCGACGGGAAGCUGAUCGGAAACACGUCCCGGACCGUCUGCUACGAGAACGGCUCGCUGGACAUCCUCAAGGCCUCCGUCAAGGAUUCUGGAAAGUUCACGUGCAUAGCGUCGAACGCGGCCGGCGAGGCCACUGCUCCGGUCGAGUUAGUCGUCAACCCGUCGCCGCACUUUGACCCCAAGCUGGACCCUGACCCGGGGCCUUCGGACAUCCCCACCUCCAUCAAGUCCAACGUCAGCGGAGGCCAGGCCCGGUCGGACCAGCAGCGGGUCAGCGUGUCGGAUGUGACGUCCAGCUCUGCCACGAUCCGAUGGCCGCCGCAGAACCACAUCCCCGGUGUCCGCAUGUACCAGAUCCAGUACAACAGCUCCACAGACGAUAUCCUCAUAUACAGGAUGAUCCCAGCCAACCACAAGUACUUCCUGCUGAGCGACCUGGCGUCGUCGCGGGACUACGAGCUGUGCGUCUUGGCCGUGUACGACGACGGCAUCACGGCGCUGACGGGCACCAAGCUGGUGGGCUGCGUGUCCUUCAGCACGGAGACGGAGUACGGACGCUGUCACUCCAUUCGAGACCAGUUCCUGGGCGGCACAAUGAUCAUCAUCAUCGGGGGGAUCAUCGUGGCCUCGGUGCUCGUCUUCAUCUUCAUCCUCCUGAUGAAGUACAAGCUGCACAGUAACCACUACAAACAGAAAGCCGCCGCACGCCACGCCAACGUCUGCUCCCAGACCAACGGAGGAGGAGGAGGAGGAGGAGGAGGAGGCGGGGCCACCGUCCUCGCUCUGCCUCCCUCCUCCUCCUCCUCUGCAGGACAAGGCGGAGGUGCGAUUAAAAACUGCCAACCGUCGUCGUCGUCAACGGACGGGAUGGGAGGGGCCUCUCUUCGAGGGACAACUGUAGUGGACUUAAAUCCCACCCACGAAGACGACGCCAUCUCCCAAUAACACACAAGAAACUGUCAGUCAGACCCACAACCCACUGAUCGUUAAGCCCAAACCAAUACUCCCCCCCCCCCCACCUUUUUUUCAUUGAUUUGUUGCUGGUGCCUGGAGCCAAACUCCAACUUUCUGCUGAGGAGCAUCUCCUGUCAUUGAUUUACUUUCAUUCAGCUUCACAACGCUGGAGGGAGAAGAGGCAGGAGAGGUUCCCUGAUCGGUUGCAUGGUCACAUCCCAGGAAUUCAGUCCGGAGACACGUUCUACCCUCUGACGCCACCUCACGCCAGAACCAGAUGUGAACAUCCUGAACAACCUGUUGAUAUGCAACAGGCUCCACUCGGCUGGGAUCAUCAGACAUGCUCUGGGAUUUGAACCCUGCUCGUGUUCAGUCCUAAUCUGAGGCUUGAAACCUCGGAUCAGAGGAAUCCCAGCGAUUCGCAGUCUGGAACCGAUUCUUCUUUUCUGAAGGAAGUAUCCAGUGAUCUCACAGAGGCGCCAAAGGGUGUCGGGCGUAUUCAGUCACUCUGUUUUAUCUAUGCGGACACAAAAUGCUGCACUGGGAAUAUCCUGAAUGGAUUACUAUGGAUUUGGGAUAAACCCAUUUUAUGACACUUUUCCUGAUGUUCUUGGUCGUGGUUUGUCAGUGGUUGGCGGCGCCGCUCUUCUCUUUCCAUCAGCAUACAGUCAUAUGCCAAAGGAUUACUGCAGUAUUAUGACAGGAUUAUUGCAAUAUCGGGAGAAUAUGCAGACUUCCAGAAAAGCACACCUCUCUCUUAUCUCUUCGCAGUCAAAGAGGAAACACAUGUUGGGCCUUGGAUUGAAAACACAAGCACAUCGUCAGCGUCUUGUCUCAAAGCAUCAAUAACAACAAACUGUCAAACUAAACGGUGAACUUCUCCGACACUUUUAUAGUAUGUUUUCAUUUCAUCUCUCUUCCCCUCCUUCACUCUUUCUCUCUCUUCCGCUCUCUCUCUCCCCCCCUCUGAUUUUCAUGAACAACUGAAUAGUAUACUCUCCAGUAUUACCAACUCUUAUGGCUGUGGAUGACCUAGAUAAUGUUGAAAUAAUCAGUGUGUUUGCGUCCAUGGUGGAAUGGUUCUCUCUGUGUCGGAGUAUUAAAAAGAAAAAAAACAACCUUGGUGUCCCGAGAGCGUUCCCUCAAGUGUCUUUGAGGAAACACCAGCGAGGAUUUAUUCAAAGCCAAACUUAAAGCACACACGUCCGACUCUGCGUUCGGUGGUGAAAGCGGUGGAUUCUGAUGUUGUUUGACACUGGAAAGCAACUGCACACGUAGGAAGCACUGGUGAACUUGACCAUGAAGUGUUCCUACUUCCAAACGCUGGCACUUGAGAUUGUUAAAUGUAUUACGCGGUUGUAAAAGUUGGCCAGCAGAACUUGCGCUGUCCCAUCCCCUCGCUCCCCCUUUGCCGUUUGACAGUGUCUGUGUUUGUAUGUGACAUACACCUUACAGUCUUCAAUGGUUUGAUACCCAUGAUUUACUUUGAAUAUAACGAAACAAAUGACCAGAAUAAGGAGAAAAGACGACAACAAAGGAAUGGGGAUUUUAUGCUUUCAUAGAUACAAUUAUGUGGAUUUAUAAUGAAAUAAAAAGGUAUUUUUCUUGGAAAAA